AAUCUGUUUUCCUGUUGGAGAGAAAUUAAAUUUCUAACCUCGAAAAACAACGAAUCACAAUAUUAUUCAAUAAUGUACAAAAGUUUUUUAAUUGUUUGUUAAAAUUUUGGACUUUUCAAAAACGAGUAUCAGUGACACUUUCAAAAUUUUAGAUUUUUUCAUAGUUUUUGAUAGAUAUUAGUCGUUAAAAAUGGCUUUUAAUUUUGGAAAUCCAACGACUACUCCUUCAACAACACAAUCUGCAUUUUCAUUCGGAUCCAAUACAACAUUUGGAGCUGCAACUCCGAGCCAAGGUGGCUUCAAUCUACCACUUGGGACAUCCACUCCUGCCACUAGCAACGCAGCAACUGGUGGAUUCACUUUUGGGGCCUCGACCACUGCUCAACCCGCCGCACCCGCCACUGGAGGUUUCACAUUCGGGGCCCAACCAGCCUCCUCAGGACUUACUUUCGGCGCUACUCCACUGUCGGCUCCCUCCCUGAGCCUGGGGGGCCUCAAACCGACGGCUGCCGCGACGCCUCUCAAGCCGGCCGCAGUCGCCACCACCACUGCGCAGUCGCUGAACUUCUUCAGCCCCGCUCCGCCCGCCGCCGCGACCACUGCUGCGCCGACCACAGGUCUGUCGUUCGGCGUCAACUCGAACACGGCUAUCAAAUUCAAUCCGCUUACGCAACCGUCGACGUCAAGCGGUCCCUCAUUCAUAGGCCCGGCCACCAAAGGAUUCAACGCAGCUAAGACCACCGCAAGCACUGGGCUUACUUUCAACACACCGACCACAGGUACCAGUGGUGGUCUGUUUGGCCUGGGUAGUGUCACCACAACCACCAGUGGUGCAUCCACGGUGACCACCACGGCGGCAACCACGUUCAAGGGGCUGGGAGGUGUCGAUAGUGCCACCAUCGCUGGUGGUGUCUCAGGCACUACAGGAGCAGGUAGAACGGAGAACAAAACAGUGAAAGUGAAUCAAGUGCCGAACGACAUCAUCCAGUCGAUCGAGGGCUUCAAGAGUUUUGUGAAAAGUCAGAAGAACCUCAGCUGUGAAGUGGCGCGAGCCUCCGCCAAGCCAUUGGCCAAGGUCACUGAGAACACAAACGGCCUUGAGAAGUUGUUGGCCUCACUCUCAUCGGAUCUACAGAAGAAUAGCAUCUUGGUUAAUAAACUCAAGGAUGAUACUUCCAAGGUGUUCGCGCAGUGCGAGAUGGCUCAGCGUACCCAUGACACUCCGGCCGGACUGCAAAACGAGAACGUGGCGCCUCUCGAGUUCUUCCUAAAUCUGGUGGCCUCCUUUGAGCACAGCGCACAAGUGCUGCGUCAGCAGAUUGACAACACUGAGAAGCAUGUCAACACGCUCAAUCAGCCGGCUAUGCUUACCAGUCAAGAACUGUUAACCGCACUUCGCCGUCUGCACGAGAGCUUCGUAGCGCUGGCCGGACGUCUGCAGCUGGUUCAUCAAAUGGUGACCGCUGAGAAGCAGCGACACCUCGCCAUGAGACGCCACUUCCUCAAGGACACCACUGACAUCUUCCUGAGGGACUCUGCCUCAUCAGACCAAUCAGCGGCCGCCAAACGCAGUGUGGUAGGCGUGGCCACUGGCCCCACCCCUUUCUCGUCAUUGGGCGGCAGCGGCCUAAUGCUGCAGCAACAGCAGCCAAUCGCAGUGCAGGAUACGUUCAAUAGCCAGUCCAAUAUUGGCUGGGGAUCUUCUAUGCCGACCUCUUCUUCGGUUCAAGGCAUCGGAUCGAGUUCCUCUUUCAACUUUUUUAGUUCCUCAUCAACCGAUAACUUCCAGCUGUCAAAACCGCCACCAGGAAAUAAGCGUGGCAAAAGAUAAGAAUGCUAACAUAACUAAAAGCCGGUAAUUGAAUUCAAUUUGAGAACUGUUUCCUGAUUGCAUUGUAUGUCUAAUAGAUUUAACCAUGAUUAAACUGUCAUCUAACGAACCUGAGGUGAAAAUAUGGUAGUUUCCUGUUGUCUCUACUCUUUCUUUUUUCUUCCGAUGUCUGCACCGCGGUCCCAGGAUCGGAGAAUUAUAUGCUCGGGUAUCUCUGCCUUAAGAUUGUCCAGAGACUCCUAUAACAAUAUGGGGUAUUGUCUCCAUUAAUAAAUAAAACCAAUGUCACGAGAACCAUGAGCGAAAUGACCUCAAUGCAAUGGAUAACAUGUUUAAUCAGCGGUCAGAUUUGAAAGACAUUCAUGCAACCGGGCCUUUGUCUAAAAACUAAUUUUGUUCUAGCCAACGUUUCAUUUACUAGAUCAUAUUUUCUAUGUUCGUAAUAAAUUUGGGAUUUCAGCAAGAA